AUGAAAUCAAGUGGUGAUAGCAUAUCUGUUACAAUACCAACAACCGUGUACGGUCAUGAGCAGACAACUAUCAUUGAUUAUGAAGACAUGCUUGAUUGGUGCUUCCAAAGAGCGAUUGGAGUGACUCACUUGUCAAUUUUCAUGAAAUACUUGAGCGAAAAAUGUCAAGAAGAUAGUGUAUCUGGGAUGUAUGGAUUUUGCGAUCCAAAUUAUUUAUCUCCUUUGACACAAAUAAGUGAAGAAGAGCGAACCGACUAUCUAGCUCGUAUCUUUGGCCAAAACGAAGGGAAGAAUGUUAAUCAACUUUUCUUUGCACCUUAUCAUGACAAUCGACAUUGGAUGUUAGCGGUCAUCAGUCCAUGGAAUGGAGUGGUAUUUUGGCUUGAUCCCGCUGGAGCAAAAAAUGAUAUUCGUGAAUUUGCUCAAAGGACCAUCAAUGAGUAUGUAGUAAAGUACCCAAAAUGA